GGGAGACGCGUUGGCAUUUCCUAAACACCGCUCAGUGCUCAGACGGAGUUGUGUCACUUAGGCCGAGCAGAGGUUUUUGUGGAUGUAACGACCUGCCGAAAGAGAACUGCUUGAUUUGACAUGUUCAGGCUCCUCUGACAUGGACACAGAGAUGAUUCCUAAAUUUUCAUCAAAGGAUGAGGAAGUUGACUACUGGAAGUCCCAAGCCCUCAGAUAUAAGAAAAGCUGCCUCGAUGCCCAGGAGGAGCUACAGGAGUUCCAGGAAGGGAGUAGGGAGCUGGAAGCUGAAUUGGAGGCCCAGCUUGGUCAGGCUGAACACCGUCUGCGCGAUCUGCAAUCUGAGAAUGAGAGACUGAAAAACGAGGUGGCCAACUUGAAGGAGAAGCUGGAGCAGCAGUACGCUCAGAGUUACAAACAGAUUUCUAUGCUUGAAGAUGACUUGGGCCAGACGCGCAGCAUUAAGGAGCAGCUCCACAAAUACGUGCGGGAGCUCGAGCAGGCCAACGAUGACCUGGAGAGAGCAAAAAGGGCAACAAUAGUGUCGCUGGAGGACUUUGAGGCUCGUUUGAACCAGGCCAUUGAGAGAAACGCCUUCCUGGAGAGUGAGCUGGAUGAGAAGGAGUCUCUUCUAGUGUCAGUGCAGCGACUGAAGGAUGAAGCAAGAGACCUGCGGCAGGAGCUGGCUGUACGAGAGAGAACUACAGACAGGAUGUCAGCCCCCAGCUCCCCAACACUGGACAUCGACAAGAUUGAUUCAGCAGUUCAAGCAUCUUCGUCCCUCCCAGCCACGCCCAUAGGAAAGACCGCAGAGCUGCCCUUCAUCAGCCCUAAAGCUUUAACCAAUGGCUGUGGUAGCUCAUCCCUUUCUCCUUCCGCAAGAAUUUCAGCUCUCAGCAUUGUUGGUGAUCUUCUGAUCAAAGUCGGAGCUUUGGAAUCCAAACUAGCUGCCUGCAGAAACUUUGCCAAAGACCAAGCUGCAAGAAAAAAGUACUCCAUGGACAACAGCACACUCAUCAACAGCAACGCCACAAAGUUCUCUCACUCUCUGCACACAACGUACUUUGACAAAACGAUUGUUAACGGGUUGGACCCGAGCUCCUUGACCUCCAGAGCAGUGUCCCCGCCAGGAAUGCUGCCUCUGAGUGUCUGAGGCAUCUUCACACAUCUCCGGCGUAACUGCUGUCCAUCCAUCGGACGCUGGUGAGAACGCUGCAGUGAGGGCGAGUGAGAUUUGUUGCCUGUUUGAGUGCAUUUUUUUUUAAUUUUUGUCAGAGAGGCUUAACUGGAGUUAGCAGGCCUCCCUGCUGCAGAACAACGGUUUGUGCACGCCUACCAGCCACGUGCAUGUGCCUAAAGCUGUACUGUGUGAAUGCUGCUAACAUGCUGCUCGCCAUUUCUAAAUCUUCUGACAAAAGGUCCUUAACAGGCUGCAGCUUAAUGUGUUUGUUUUCUUCUGUAUUUCACCUAAAAUGCACAAACUUUCAGUUUAGAAUGUAUUUAAAAAGGGACAUAUUCCAGUUUGCUAAUUUAUAUUGAUGUUAUACUUCAAAUUGCAAUAUUUCUUGUUUGCUAUCAUCCUGCAUGUGUGCAAUGUGAAAAUGUGAGUCGGAGUGUUCGUUUUUUUAUUUUUUAUUGUUUUUUCUUCAAUUCCGUCUCCACACAAUGACUGAAUGUUGACUGUAAAGCUGUGUAGCUGCAGCGCGUCUGUUUAUCUUUUUUCUGUCUACAAGCUUAAAAUUAACUCAACGAUGUUAUGUCUUCUGGAGUUUAACUUUCAACAAACUGCUGCUCAGUUUUCUUCAGUUGACUGUUAAUUGACAUUUCCAGAAACACUUCAUCUUUUUAUUUUUUAUGUAAACUGUAUAAGUUCUUGCCUUUUACGAUGGCUCAUUUACCUCAUUUUGACACGUCCGUAAUUAACAACUGUUGACUUGUAAGUUUAAUUUCUCAUUAAAAAGCUUCAAGUGAUGAGACUGACCUUCUGAUGGGGACAACAGCACCCAUUAAUACGAAUAUUCAGCCCUGUGUCUUAAUUUUGAUAUUCAGAGCAGUGUUGAACAUUUUCUGGGACCUGUUUGAUUUCUGGAUCUGGAGCGCACCGCUGUUUAUAUUGGAUAUUGUCACAUCGAUGUGGUGGGUCUCUCAUACCUUUAAAUAUAGUUAGCAUUAGCAUGUGUGGCCAGUGCAUGGUAUCAGCUGUUGAUAGAAUGACUGCUAACACUAAUUGAUGUGUUUGUCAUAAUACCAUCCUUCACAGUCCAGUAUUAGUGUUGGCACACUCCACAUCCAGAAAUCGCGGUCAACAGAUGCUGGAUUUUGGAAGCUGCUUUGUGUUUGAGUACUGAUUAAUGCACGUCCCUUUAAAACUUAACAUUAAAAACUCAUUUGAACUCCUUUGAAGAACCUGGUUAACUUUACUGCUUUGAGAAUUUAUGGUGCAUUGACGCGGCGAACGUAAUGAUUAACAUGUUGUUGCUCGGGUUUAGAUUUUUAACAGAUUUGAUGUUGACAUCGAGCAACUGUCCCAGGCUGUUUUCUUCUCACACACGUUUGAUAAUUCAUCAAUGUCCUGUUCUUGGAAACGUAAGUUGAAGCUGUGUGUAUUAAACUUUUACAGGUUAUUUUGGGCCUGUUACACUUAAGCGUGUUAAUUAGUUUGUGUAUAUAACUCAUAAGAAUGGCAACUUUGCCUACUGCAUUUGUACAUAUUGGCAUUAAGAUCCUAUUUAUUUCAGAUUCUGUAUGGCAUGUGUUCUUUUGACGAGUUUUACUCUUGUACAGUGACUAAUGCCUUCGUGUUAUGAUAUCAGAAUGUUUGUUUAUCAACAUUGUUUAAAUAAAGACUGAGAUGUGCCA